AUGGCCUACUACACCUAUCUCUCCUUGAAGAUACCGGGUAAUGGAAACGACGACGACUUUAACUGGCUUGUCACCUCCACCGAUCGAAACACUGCCGAUACAUUCUUCCGUAUCCUGCUGGAGAACGAGGAGCUCAAACUAGGCAGCACAAAAGCGAAGGUCAUCAAAAUCCAUAAACUCACCAGGCAGUCUUCUCGACUUUGGUCAAUCAACUGCGACGACGGAGACGUCGGCGCGACGCUGCAUUUUGCUCUUUCAGGCAAAAAUGAUUCCGCCAACACUGCUGAAGGCACUGUCCUCCAUGAUUUGAUUGGCAAGAUCAAAAUCUACUGGAUGGGCGGCCGCGCAGGGCUUCAGUGGAGAGUCAUCGCUCAGCAGACUGCUGUCAACGUGGACGAUGACUGGCUGUCCGGAUACAGUUUCUUCAUACGCCGACGGGGCUAUUCGAACUCCUACUGGUAUCACGACGGAAAAGGAACACGGCUUUCCAACGAUAAGCGAACUCGGUUUGUUGUCUCUAUUACAGGGGCUCAAGUCAUGGCAGCCAAGAUCCCUCUCAUCGCCAGCGACAGGAUAGUCAUUAGUACAAUUGGUCCUGGUGGUGAAUUGCAGCCGAUCAAGUUCCGGAAAAGCGGUUCUGGGACAGACCAAAGCACGUUCUCGUUUGGCGAUUUCUUGACAAGCUUCAAUGUUGACGGCGGCGACAACAACAGGAUCGUCAUUUCGGAACCAGGUCGCGGGGAUAGUUUUGAGCUCUGUGAGGGAAUCCCCUGUUAUUUCUAA